GCAUGUCAGAAAUCGGCGGGCUAAUUUCUAACUUCUCUGCUGGCAAUUCGUUAAUUAUUAUAAAAAAUAAGUCAUUUCAUCUUCAAAAGUGGUUUAUAAAUUAGCUAAAGCCAGUUUUCCUUUAAUCGUUAUAUAAGUCUAUACUAGUUGAAACGAAUAAUGAACUUUGAAAUAAAAAAUAAAUAAAUGAUUAAAAAUGAAUAUCAUAUUCCAAUAUUUUUUUGGGUUAUGCCGAUUUUUUUACCGUUCAUCCUUAAAUUAUAAGAAAUAUUAGUCGUAAUUAACAGUUGUUCGGCACCUCUAGUUUUCAUUCUAUUCGACCAAAAGUCGCACCGAAUAAUUUAACCUCGACACGUUAAUGAAAUAAUGUAUUUUUUUUGCGUUCGUCCGUUAUUAUUUUCUGCAAAUGUGUAAUGAAUGAACGAGUUGGAGAACACGUAGUUUCGCUAGAUCUAAAAAUUGAAGAAGAUUUAAAGAUUUUUCUAGACUGUUGGAAAAUUUAUACAACUCACAAACUAAACAGGAGAUUGGCAACUCAUAAAGCUUUCUAUUCAUACAAUAUCCGACUCGAGCAGAAAGUCUUAAAUUCCCUUUUAAGAAACUGUAUUGAAGCCAAAAAAACGAAAUCUUCCUACAGGAAUCUUUGCAUUGAGCCGGAACAAUUUGCAGAAUAUGAUAAAGCGCGAGAAUUUGAACGUCAAAAAAUAUUGAAAAAAUCUUUCCAAACUUGGUAUAAUUAUACAAACAAGAAAUGUAGAAAAAAAAUAUUAAAUUCACGCAUCUUUCAUCUCCACUAUGAAAUAUUUCUACGCAAAUAUAUCAACGAUUGGAUAAAAGUUCAUCUAGAGAGAAAACAAAUCAUUGAACUCAACGACAAGGCAACCAAAUUUUAUCGUCGUUCGACAAUACAAAGAUUCUUCAGACUGUGGGUGGACAAACGUAAUGUCGGCAUGUUACAAAGAGCUUGCUGGAGGAAGGCCACGAUGCAUUGUGACAGGAGAAUGUUGAAAAGACAUUUUUUUCAUUGGAUCAAGUACUGGAAGAUAAAGAUCGAAAGACAAAAAAAAAUAAUCGAAGUGGACGAAUUUCAUGUUAACAAAUUGAUGGCCAGAAGUUUAAAAAUGUUACUGCGGAAUUCAUGCAGGGCUAUUGCAGAAAGACAACAAAUCGAGAAAGCGGUGACUUUUUAUGUCAAAAAACUGGAGUGUAGAAUUUUUAAUAAUUGGACCGAUUACUGUCGUAGGAAAAGAGAAUUCACAGAUAAAGUAAAAGCUGGGCGAGUCAAAAUCUAUACCUCUUUGAAAGUGAAUACGAUGAAGCAAUGGCGUUUUUACGUGUGGCGUAAGAAAUGUUGCAAAAGAAAAAAUAAGUUGUCUUCGUAUCAUUACAAUCGAAAACUCACAGAAAAAUCGUUAAACUUGUUGAAAGCUUAUGUGCUCUACAAAAGGAAGAAAGAAAUGCGUUUGGCUUACCUGAACUCUAGUAUAAAUGAGAUUAAGUCGAAUAUACUAAACAGUCACAUCGAUACAUGGAGAGUGGCUGUUGUGAGAGUUUCUCAAGAGAGGCAAAGAGUACAUCACGCUGAAGAUCAUUGGCGAUUCCACCAAAUAAAAUUCUAUUUCCAAGUCUGGAAAGAAUUUUUCAAAAACCACAAAUUAAAGGUUGAACGAAAUGAAAUUUUGAACGAAAUUGGGAAAACUGUUUUACUCGAACGAUACAUGAAUCGAUGGAUAAAAAACUACGAAGCUUAUGCAACGGUGCGCUUGAAGGAAAUUGAAGCUGCAUCGGAAUACGAGAGAAAAAUAAAACUGCGGUUGUUUCGAUCUUGGAAAAAAUACGUGAAUGAGAAACUUCUGCAAAAAAAUGAGAUUGAAGAAGCACAGCAAAUUCAUCGGAAAAUGUUGCUUCGAGCAGGCCUUAAAGAGACAUUGAAGAAUUGUCUCUAUACGACUGAAUUACGCUAUGAAAAUCGUUUGAGUUGUGUCACAAAAAAUUGCAUCGAUAAUUUUGACACGAUGAAAAAGUUUUUUGCUCAAUGGCUCUCUUUCGCUUGGGCGAAUAAUAAUCAAAAAUUUCGAAAACCAGCAACUCUUCAGGAGAAGAGUAAAAAUACUCUGAAACUCCCUAUCAAUUCUAUUUCGACUGAGCUCGUCUUUCCAGAAUAUAUGCUGAAGAAAAUGAGACGAUACGAUAUUGCGAAUGAAUAUUCUCAUGCAGGAUUUUCUUUACACAGUCGACUCUGAUUUUCGAUAAUUAACUUGUGCGUACAAAUACCUUUCUUUAUUUGUAACAUUAAUAAAUUGUGCUUCUUUUUUAAGCACAUUAAAUGUA